AUGGCUACGAGAAUCGCCUACGCCUUUAUUCUCCUAAUCAACUCUAUCCUUUCGUGGAUUAUGCUCACUCGGUGGGCGCUGAAUAAACUCGAACACCUCACAUUUGACUUCCUACCUAUUAGCUGCGAUGGUGAAAAAUGCCAUGGUUGGGUUGCCGUUCAUCGUAUCAACUUCGCCCUUGGCCUGUUCCAUAUUAUCCUCGCUGGAUUAUUACUUGGAGUGCGCUCGUCGAAGGACCAACGGGCGGGUAUACAAAAUGGCUAUUGGGGCCCUAAAAUUAUAGCCUGGGCAGCCCUUAUAGUACUUUCUUUCUUCAUCCCGGAGAGCUUUUUCUUCGUUUGGGGAAGUUAUUUUGCCUUUGUUGGUGCCAUUCUCUUCCUCCUUCUCGGCCUUAUUCUCCUUGUCGACCUUGCGCACACUUGGGCAGAAUUAUGCUUGGAGAAGAUAGAAGAUGGUCGCUCGCGGGUUUGGCAGGUUCUGUUGAUCGGCUCUACCGUGGGAAUGUAUAUCGCCUCAUUCGCGAUGACCAUCAUCAUGUAUAUCUUCUUCGCUCGAGGAAACUGCACGAUGAACCAAGUUGCCAUAUCCAUCAAUUUGGUGGUGUUCCUGGUCAUGUCAGUGGUUUCUGUGCAGCCCGCCGUACAGGCUGCAAACCCUCGCGCCGGUUUAGCCCAAGCGGCUAUGGUUACUGUUUACUGCACCUACUUGACUAUGUCUGCAGUCUCUAUGGAACCGGACGAUAAACAGUGCAAUCCCCUGAUUAGAGCGCGCAGUACUCGCUCCGCUUCAAUCGUCCUAGGGGCUAUCGUUACCAUGUUGACUAUUGCAUAUACAACCACCCGUGCCGCGACUCAGGGUAUUGCACUCGGGUCGAACGGCGCGCACAGCAAUUACUCUCGCCUUGAGCAAGACGAAAUGGAGCAUGGCUUGGUGACACAGCAACCUGGCCGUUCCCGUCGAGAGAUGCGAGCAGAAGCCUUGCGAGCUGCAGUUGAGAGUGGAAGCCUCCCUGCAAGUGCCCUAGAUGAUAGCGACGAUGAGUCAGACGACGGUGAUUCAAAGGACGACGAGCGAAACUCUACUCAAUACAAUUACUCGCUGUUCCAUGUCAUCUUUUUGUUGGCAACCAUGUGGGUUGCUACAUUGCUUACCCAAAAUCUUGACCCCGACGCAAAAGAUGACCUAGCGCCGGUUGGUCGAACCUAUUGGGCUACUUGGGUAAAGAUUAUCAGUUCUUGGGUUUGCUAUGUAAUUUACCUGUGGACUCUUGUUGCCCCAGUUUUGAUGCCAGACAGAUUUGAUAAUUGA